AUGGUCUUGGAACAAUACAAGUUUCGGGAGAGGAAACAGCAAUUCAAGUUGAGCGAACUUCUUGCGACUUUUGGACAGUCAAAGUGUGCCGAUAUUCGCGACCGCGUCUUCGUGCUCCUCGGUCUCUGCGAAGAAGGUGUAAAGGGCGUGGUUCAAGUCGAUUACUAUGUGGAUAUCCCAUCCCUGUUUUGGCGCACCGUGUCAUCCUGUUUCGCGGAGUCCAUUGCGGAUGCGGAAAUGCUCGCCACAGUCCUGGAACAUGGUGACUCUUGGUUCCCAAGUGACUCUCCAGGCUCGACAAUCAACUUCAGCAUUUGUCGGUUCGGAAACCCUCAUGUGAACUUGGAAUGGACCCAAAGUGCUUGCAAAGGGUUAACCGACAUACCCAGGGGAGAGCAUCUCCUGUUUCUGGCAGGGUCAGCCCAAUGUCCUCCCGACUUUGUUAAUUUUGCGCGGUACCUCUAUACCAGACUGUCCCAGCAGCACAUUCGUCCACCAGCGGAUCAGUUGCGUAAGACCAAGGCCGCCGGACAGGAAGGUGGGACCCAUUGUCUAUUUCGACCAGCCGCGUUCAAAAAGUAUGGAUUUUCUCCUCCGACGACUCGCGGACCAAGCCGGCUGUUGCUCCAGACCCUUCCGGAAGGCGCUAUGUUAUAG